AUGUUUAGUUUUAAGCCUGUGAAGUGGUUUUCAUCUCUUCUUUUAUCAAAGUUUCUCAAACCAUAUAUAAAAAAUUUUGAAUCUUAGAAUAUAGAUGUUUAAAUUUUAGAUGGAGAAGUUUGUUUGAAAUAACUGGAGUUGAGAAAUGAUAUAUUGAUGCAAUUUGGUAUUGAUAUAGAAGUGAUUGAUUCAUCUUUUGGAGAAGUCAAAUUGAUAAUUCCAUGGAACAAUUUAAAAACAAAAGGAAUAAGUGUAGAAAUAACAAAUGCAAAAAUUGUUCUAUCCAAUAAAAUUGAGAUGAGUGAUUUUAACAAAGAGUAGUACAAAGACCAUUUAGAAAAACUAAAAAGAGAAGUGCUGGCCAAAUUUGACGAAACCGUUUAGAAAGAAGAUGCAUUUUCAAAUGGCUCAUCAGGAAAUAACUUUUUUGCUGAUUUUGCAAUAAAAAUAUUUGAGAAGUUUGUUCUCAAAAUAAACAACCUAGAUAUAGUAUUCAUUUAUCAAAUCAAUAACUAUGAAAUUGUAAAAUUUGGAUUUGGAUUUUAAAGUUUGCUUAUAAAUCAAGAUGAUAUUAAACCUAAGAAAGAUGAAAUUCGGAAAAAAAUAGUAGCAGAUAACAUCUUUUUACUAUUUGAAGUAUUUGACAAUGUUCUCCCUUCUCAAUUACAACCUGAAUCCUUCAUUCCGGAUUAAAAUUAAUCGAAAUAAGAGGAAAAGAAAGCUAUUCAUAUUCUUAAGAAACUAGCUCUCAAAAUAGAAUUUAGCUUAGUAUUUUCUGAAUAAAUGGAGAUAGAAUUAAAAAUAGCUACAAUCUCUGAUGUUCUCAUUUACUUAAAACAAAGACAAAUCAGAUUAUUAUUAAGGGCAAUGCAAGAUAUUGUUAAUCAUCGUAAUGAUAGACCAAAAGAAAAGCCUAAAUAUGGGAAAACUGCAAAAAAUUGGUGGGUUUACAUCAUCAGAAGAGUAAUUGAAAAAGAAUAUAUUCGAACAAAAGUAAGAAAAUAAGGAAUAACUAAUUACUUUAAAGUCUAAUAAUAUAUCGAAUUAUAUACAAAGAAAAUGUUAAAAUAACAUGAUGCAAAAAGAGAUAAUAAACUAAUGGGAGAUUUUGAAUAAAAAAAUACUAUUUCUUAAAUUUUAAUUUUGAGAAGUAUUGCGAUAGAUAAAAUUCUUGAAAUGAGAAAUAUAUUGCGAUCUAAUAAUCCAAAAGAUCAAAAAGUAUAAAAAGAAGCUCAAGGAUGGUUUAAGAGAUUUUAAAAUGAUUUUAACAUGGAACAUGCAAGUAAUUUAAAGUUUAGUAGAAAUGUUAUUGAUUCAUACUUAUCUUUCAUGAAAGAAAAGGAAAGUAAUACAAGAGUUUCUAUCAUUUUGGAUGUUAAAAAGAUAAAUUUAUUAAUCUAAGAGAAUUAAAUUCUGUAAUAAUUAAGAAAUCUCCAUUAGCAAGUUAAUAUAUUCAAAUAAGAAUUAAAUUAGAAAAAGUCACUUUAGACAAAAGUUUUGGACCAUAUUAAAAAUAACUUUCUCUAAAAAAUUACUAAAGUCACAGUCAAAUCAUCCGAAAUAAAUAAAUAAGAAGAUUGGAAAUUAGAUGAACUGUUGAAAGAAAAAAUAUUAAUUAAUUUAGAAAUAACUGAAACAAAAUUAGAAUUAGUAAAAUAAGGUUAAUUUAAAUAAUUAGUAAAAGCUUAGAUCCAAAAGUUAAUCCUAUUAGAUACUAAUAAAUUCAACAGUCAUUAUUUAAAAAUUGUUGAAAUUUCAGAAGGAAUUAAAGUAUUAAUGAGUUCAGAACAAUUGGAAAGAUAAAAGAAGAUCCUUGAUUUGGAUCCUUUAGAAAAGACAAUACAGGUCUAUUUAGAUAUUCAAGUAGGUCCACUUAGUAUCACACUUUGCAAACCUCUUUAUGAAAGAUUGAUAUCAUUACAAAAUUUAAUAUUUUUCGAUAAAUCUACUGUUCAGAAUGAUAAUUAAGAACAUUCAAAAUAUUUUGACAACUUUUUAAUAUUAACAAAAAGAGUUUAAUCUAACACAAAUGUCUCUUUUUCUAUAAGCAGAAUAAAUAUUUACUUGCCACUUUAAUAUUAAAUAAAGACACAAAUGUUAUUGAUACAUCUGAAACAAAUUAAAAUAUUUAAAAGAGAACAUGAAAACAGUGUUGUUAAUAUUUACCCUGCUGAAAAUUCUAAUGGAUAAGUUAGUUAAUAUCUUAAGGAUUUAAAAACAAGGUAAACUGUUAAUAGAGUAGCAUAAUAAAAUCAAAACUUAGAGGAAAAUUAAAAUUUAAAACCUGUGUACUUUUCUGUUGAUUGCUUAAGAUUAGCAUUUGUAUAAGACUAUGAUUGGGAGAAUAAGGAAAAUAUUUUUAAAAUAUAAUAUAGGAAAUUAAGAAAAAAUGAAUAACAGAAUGGAGAUCCUGGAAUUGAAACCAUUAUUGAAACACUUCCAAUAAAAAUCAGAAUGGAAUAAUCCUAAAAGAUGAUAACUUUAGAAUCGAACAGAACAAAAAGUAGAAGUAAAAUGACCUUCAAGAAAAAAAUAUAUCCGAAAACAUCAAUGAUAACUAUUUAAUUGCCGUUUUUGGAUUUUAAACUUUCAACUAAGCAUUUAUUUUUAAUAUUGUAAUUAGUUUCAAUCUGGUAAACAAAAGGCUAUGAUUUUUAUGAUGUAAUUGAAAGUAAAGUGUAAAAGUAGGAACAUAAACAAUAGCAAUAAUAUAUAAAUGAAGAUUGUUAAGAAUAAUUGAAAGACUAUAUGAUUAGUUAAUUGUAAGUUGAUAUGGAAGGUCUGCAAUUGUCAGUUACCGUAAAUACAUAAGAGUUUUUAGAAAAAUUGGAUAAGACUAGUUCCCAUGAAAAUCGGCUUUUUCUGUUUUACUUUUUAAAUUUAAGUUAUUUAAAGGAGGUUAAAUUCUACGAUAGCAUUCAGCACCUAGCCAUAUAGGAGUUAGCUUUAUAAAAUAUUAAUUGCCAUUCAUAUGAUUUAUAAAACCCAUUGAAGGUUUUAGCUAAAUAAUUGCUGAAGUAUUCGGAUAGUGAAAAAGAAUAAAAGAUCUCAAGUUUUGGAGAAGACUUAGAAAGGGUAAUGAAUUAAUAGUCUGAAAUAGAAUAAGUUGCAAACUCAAAACUAAAUGAAAAUAAAUCAAACAUAAAGAACUCUAACAAUGAGGGAUAGUCUCCAUAACAACAAAAUGAUAACGAUGAUUAGGUGUAAAUAGUAGAUGAAAUUCCUCCGGAUGAAUUAUAAGAAGAAGUAGCUCCUUAAACUAUAUUCUCUUAAAAAAAGGGUCAAUUUUAGAUUCCUUCCCCUAAGCAUUCGUUUUUAGAUAACAAUUUUCAAGAGGUUUUUGAAGGUGAACUAUACAUUAGAGAGUAUUUUACUGAUAAAAAUUGCUAAAAAUGUAAAGAAAAACAUAGAUUAUUACUAACCUUUAUGAAAGUUCAAGAUGAUUUGGGUCCUGAUGUCUACUUUCUAUAGACAAGUGAUUCGCAAAGAUCAAGAGUGGUAAUAAAUUUAAAAUAGUUAAACCUUAUUUUGGAUCCAGAUAUAAUAAAGAAAAUGAGAUUGAUAUUUGAUAUUGGGAAUUUGGCAGCAGAAGUUAAAAAAUAAUAGUUUACAAAAUGGAUGAGGGAAAAUGGAUUUUGGCCUGAUUUCAAUGAAGUUGAUAAAAAAUAAUAGUCAGAGACUCAAACUUGGAGUACAAUAACAAGUGAUUUAUUUUAGGAGACAAAUAGAAUUGAAUUGCAGAUUAAUUAAAUAGUGCUGAUGCUGAACUAUGAAGAUUAAGUAGUGUAUUUAAUGAAUAUGAAAUUUAUUGAUACAUAAAUAUCAAGUAGUUAGUUAUUUAAAAAUAUCAAUAUAAAGAUGCAACAAGUAAGACUAUUUGAUACAGCUGUCAUUGGUGGAAUCCAUAGAACUAUGUUAGAAGAUUAUGAUGAACAGAAUGAAAAUCAGAUUUAAUGCUAAAUUUAAAUUUGCAAUAAUCCAGAUUUAAUAAGAAUAAGAAAAUAUGCUACAUAUUGUGGUGUAAGAAUUUAAAGAGCUAAGAUUGUAUUUUUGAAAAGGAAUACAAAUGAAAUUUAAUAUUAUUUGAGGAAAGUGCUCAUUACAUCUUUUUCAAGUGCCCUCACAGAUAAAGAUAGAAAUGAAUUACUGAAAGUUACAGAGACUUAAAAUCUAAGCUUUACGACUUAACCUAAAGAUGUAGAGGUUGAUUCUGAAUUUGGGUUUAGAUUUUCUUUAGUCGCUUUAGACUCAUUGGGAAUCGGAUAUAGAAGUUCUUUAUCAAAUGAAGCAUUAUACAUUUAAUUCAAAAAGGUUGGCUAUUGGUUUAGUGGAAUCUGGGGUUAAUAAUAUGAUAACCUGAUUAAAACAGGUUUGUUUGAUGAUGAAAUAGAAGAAUAAUAAAAUAUUAGUGAAAAUUUUGUAGAAGCUAAAUAUUUUGAGGAACCAGGAAUGGCAGAAGAAACAAUUUUUUAAGAAAUAAAUCAAGAAUAGAUGUAGGAGGAAGAAAAUUUAGAUUAAAGGGUUAGAUAAAUUGUCUAUGUAUGGGGCUUAGAAGUUCGAUGUUCCCCAGGAACAGACGUUAAUGACUUAUUUGUCAAAGCUCCAGAAGAUAAAGUUUCAUUGGAAUUAUUUAUAGACUUUUGUGAUGAGACUCCAGAUAAACUAUUUUGCCUUUAAGAAGUGAAACCUAUGAGAAUUUCAAUCGAUAUUUAAAAGCUAAAUAUAUAUGCUUAUGAUUUAGAUUAUUGUACUAUUUGUAAGUUCUUUAUGGAUAAUUUGGGAGAAUAACCAUAAACAAUAAAAGGAAAAUAUGAAUACAAUGAAUUUAAUGAAAAUAUCUGGAUGGUUUUAGAUAUAAACAUCAAUAAGGCUAUAGCGAAGUUUUUCAAAGGAACUAGAGAAGAUUGUAGGAGAUAUUAUUAAUAAAAAGGAAUAUCAUAAGAUUAAUUAGACAAGAAUUUGUUGUAUAAAAAUCCUGCUUCUAUUGCUAUAGCCAAAUUACAAACCCUAAAUUACUAAUUUAUGAUGAGGGAAAAUGGAGCUAAAUUUAUGAGAUUAAGCGUUCAAUAAUUGACGCUUUCUGAUUUUAGGAAAUCAUCCACUAUGAAACAUUCAAAGGAAAUUCUGUUUUCACUUAUAGGGGAAUAAUUUAAAGGAGAUGAAGAUUAAUCCAUGUCUGAUACUAAAUAAGAAGAAUUCAACAAAAUUCAACUCAAUCCUGUUGAUGAACUUGAUGUAGAAUAAGUAGAUUAAGAUUUAAAAGAAAAAGAAAAAGAGAAAAAUAAAUAAGUCAUAAUAGAAUAGCAACAACCUAAUUCUGCAUUAGAUGUAAAAGGUAUUUAAAAUGAGUAAGAGCAAUAAUCUCAAUUGUUGCAAUAAUCAUAAAAUAAAAAAAAGAAAAAACUAAGCAAAUGGUAAAGAUUUGUUAAAAAGUUUAAAGAAGCAUUAUGUUGUAAAAAAAAAAAUAGGAGAAAUAAUAAUUCAAAGGGCAAAAAUAAAAGUUCAUAAGAAAAUUUGUAAAACGAAAAAGAAUAGUAGCAACUAAUAUAGGCAAAACUAGAUUAGUUACUUGAAUAUGGUCCAGAACCAAUGGAAGAAAGAAGGUGGCUAAAUUUCAGAGAGAGACAAGUCUUACCAAUCACUCUUGAAAAUAAUAAUCAUGCUGAUGACAAGGAUGAUUAUGAUUAUUAUUUUGGUGAUGAUAAUCAUGAUAUUACUAAUCAGAAGCCUUAUCAAAAAAGACAAUAAUAACAAAAAGAAGAUUAAUAAAAAUAGGAUUUAUAUUUUAUAAUGAAGACUAGGCCAGAUGGAGAAAAAUUAAUCAAAAUCAAACUUGAAAACAAAAAUAUUAUUUUAUUAAUCGACUUUAUUGUUGAAGUUGUUUAAUUCUUCAGAUAACCAUACAAUGGAAGUGAUAAGCAACCUUACUAAAGAAAUCCUCAUUUUAACAAUUUCCCACCUAUGGUGAUAGAAAUUAAUGUUGUGAAUGUUUGGGCUAUUGUUUUAGGGGAUUUAGAGAAAGAGCAUUUUGAAAAAUCAAAAUCCAUAGGUAUUCUUUUGGAUUGCAAUUAUUCAUAAACUUGGUUAGGUGACAGUUGGUUUGGACCUGGAAGUUGUGAAAAAAAUAUUGAAGCUACUUUAAAAAAAUUAUACAUCUUUCAAACCAAUCAUAUCAUUAACUUAAAGUAAGAUGAAUAAUCCAAGAAAUCAACAGAAAAAUUCAUAAUACCACCUCACCCUCCCUUAAGAACCCUAUUAGAACCUUUCAAGGUUUGUAUUAAAAUGAAGUACUCUGUUGAUUUCUAUAGAAAUGCUUUAUUAAAUUAAGAGAUUUUUACAUCUGAAGGAGUUCAGGUGAAAGAGUACUAUACAGAUUAUAAAUAUUAUCAUAAAUGUUAUCAAUCUAAAAAUGAGUGGGAAAUAAGUUUAAUAAAUUCUGCGAGAUUAAAAAAUAAUUUUAGUCUCUCAAUUAGAGAUAUUGCAGAAUUAUAAUAAAUCAUUAAUAUCUUUUCUGCCAGAAAAUCUCCUGAAGGUAAAUACCAUUUUUAUAGGAAACCUUAACCUCCAGAUCCAUUUAUUGAUGAUUGUAUAAAUACAAAAAAGAUCAAUAUAGAGAUGCUCAAGAUUCAAAUAUUGAAAAACAAAGAUGGAGUCAAAGCAGCUUAAUUUGAAUUGAAAAAUUUAAGGAUGUCUGAUUUCAAAGAUAAUAAAAAGACUUAAUUAAAUCUAUUAGCUUGUGUAUCAUUAGACUAUUUUAAUAAGAGAAAAAUGGAUUUCGAGCCUUUCCUUGAACCUUGGAAAUUCACUAUUACAACUUUGUCUUAGAUUGAAAAACCUCCCGAGAAUAAGGCUAUUGAUAGAGAUUCAAAUAAAAUUACAAUAGCAAAUCAUAUUGAAAAGGAACUUAAAGGCGAAGAAGUUCCAUAUUAUCUAAAAGAUCAUACAAAUUCAUUAAAUAUUAAUAUCACUCCUGCUUUAGUCGAAGUAGCUAUGGAAGCAUUGAAGAUUUACAAUAAAAAAAUGGAAGAUGAAGAACCAUAUAAAAUUUUUAAUAGAUGUGGAUAUGCUUUGGAAAUUAGAGAUAUAAAAAAGGACCAACCUGUGAGAAUUAUUUAGGAGGAUUCAGAAUAUACAUAUAAUACAUAAAAAGAACUUUGGGCAAAGGAUUUUAAGAAACACAAGUCAGAUUAAUAAUAAAUGUUAUUAAAUUUAGUAAUUUUGAAACCAAACAAUUUAAAAGAUAGAGAUGAAGAGGAGGAUGAGAUUAAGGUCGAAAUUAAAGUUGUUGAGAGUAUUCAUAGUAAUAACUUUAGAAGAACGACUUUAGAUUUCCCAAGCAAAAGCACUCAAUCAAAAACUUUGAUACCUUAAAAUUAAACAUAAGCAAUGAAUUAAUAUUCAAAUAUGAAUUAAUCUUAAUACACAAGGAGUAGAAUAUACAAAUCAUAAAGAAAUGAAAAAAAUAUUAGUAAUUACAAAACAAUCAAGUACGUUAAUUUUGAUUUUGUGGGCAAGAAAUUUUAUCCAUUGGUAAGAUAGCAUAAGAAUGAAUAACAGGACCUACACAGUGGGAAAAAAGGAACUUUUGAUGCAUUUAAAACUAAUAUCGAUAAAAUUACUGGAGUUUUCUUAGCUGACACUAAGAAAAUUAAUGAAGAAAGGAAUAUCUAUAUUCAAGUCAAUGUAAAUAUCAAUCCACAGAAUGGUUCAAAAGAAAUUCAAAUUUAAAGUACUGUGAAAAUAUACAAUUAUUUAAGUACUUCUUUAGAAUUAGGUUUCCAAGUGAAUGGAUAAAUGAAAGAAACAACUUCAGUUAAAUUAGAACCAAAAUAGAUUUAUAUUGUUCCUUUAGAAUUUUUAGAAAAUAAAACUGAAGUUAGAUUUACACCAGAGAAAAUCUAAAAUCGUCAAUAAGACGAAUAAUUAGAAAGAAAAUAUUAUCAAUUAGACACAUUAUUGUGUGAUCAACAAUCAUUAGGAGAAUUUGAAGUUGAUAAGGAUAAUUCAAUAGUUGAAGUGCUAGAACAAGCAACUCAAAUUGUAACAUCCUAAGGUAAAUCAAAUCCUGUAAUCAAAUCCGAGUUUAAAUAAAUUCAUGAUCCCUUAAAUUAUAAAUAUGAUCACAUAAUAACCUCUAUGAAAAGUAAUAUUAAAAGAAAUAACUUUUAUUUCAUAAUUAAUUGUGUGAAAAUAAAAAAUUAAAUCACCAAUUAAAGGAAAGCAAUGAUUAAUUUCAAUGAAAUUGGUGAUUAAAAACCAAGUGAAGAUGAUAAUGAUGCUUGUUAUGAAACUUAUUUGAUUUGUUAUCCUAUUUUUAAAUUUACAAAUGCAACAGUAAGAGACAUCAAUAUACAUUAUGGUGUAUUUUCUUCCAAUAAAUAAUAAUCUGAAAAAUAACUACCUUGUUCACCAGUAAAUCCAGAUUAGCAUUUCUAUUGUGAAACAUUAGAUUAUCAUGAUGAUAUUGAAGUUUAAUUUUCGAUUGAAAAUUAAAUAAAAUUUGAUCAAAAUGAACCAUAAAAUGAAGAUCUAUUUAGAACUAAGCCAUUUAAAAUAUUUAAUAGAGGCUUUGGUCUAGGAGAAGAGAACAAAUUUUAAAUUAAGUUUAAACAAUCAAAAGGUAAUGAUUAAUACUUGACAGUUCUAAUAAAAAAAAGAUCAACUAAGUCAAGAGAAUUAGUAUUAUAUUGUCCAUACUUAAUAUUUAACGAGACAAAUAAGCUAUUGAUAUACAGAGAGUAUGGAUUAACUUAAGAUAUUCCUUCAGAUGACUGGGUUUAUUAUUAAAAUUUUAGUAAAACCUAUUAAAAGAAUAAAUAAAAGAAAGAAAUAGAGUAACAUUCUUAAUAUCAUAAUUUACAUUAAUUUGCUACAAGCACAAAUAUGAACAAAAUAUAAGUUGCCAUAGGAUAAUUAAAUGAUCAAUAAGUGUCAGAUAUCUCUAAGUGGAGUAAUCCAGUAAGCUUAUAAAAUAGCAAUGUUCUAGAAAUAAUAGGAUCAACUGAAAUUUUAAAAAAAGAUCAUGAGUAAUUACCAUCAAAAGAUAGUAAAAAGAGAGCAAGUACAGAUGCCAAAGGAAAAUUUGAAUUUGGUAUGGCAAUCACAAGUGGCCCUGGAUCAUUUCAUAGAAGCAAAUUAAUCACAAUUACACCUAGAUUUAUAGUGCAUAAUGAAACAUAGUAUAAUAUAGCCAUGGCCUAAGUAGAUACUGAGUAUAGAGAUAAUAAUCUGUUGAGGUUGAAACCAGGAGAUUGGAAAUAUUUUAGCUGGUCGAAUAUCAAAAAACCUGCUCUAGCCAUGAUCUCUUUUUAUUAAGAAUCAACUGGUCUAAUAUCAGGUUGGAGUGGGUACUUUAAACUAUAGGUUUAAGAAAUCUCAUUAAAAAUUCCUAGUAUUAAACCAAUUAUAAAUAACAAUAAUUCAGAUUACUAAUAACUUUAUGUACUUUAGAAGGUUAAUAUAACAUUAAUGGAUGAUUUAAUCUUAUUAAUAAGAUUCAUAUUAGAAGAUCCAAUAAUUCCUCCUUAUUAUAUAGAAAAUUUAACUAAAUAUGAAAUCACUUACAAACAACAAUCAUCUAGUCAAGCAUAAAAAUAUAGAUUAAAUUAAGCUAAUCCAAUUAUGUAAAAUAACGAAAUCAAUAGGGGCAUUCAUCAGGUAAUAGCUUCAAAUCCAAUUGGAUCUCAAGAUUAGGAAUUAAUAUAAUUUUCUGCUGGAGGAAGUGAAGUUACUUAUUUAUAACCUGGAGAAAGAGUAGCUUUUACUUGGGAUCAUUGGAUUGAUGACAAGGAACAUGUACUAGAAGUUGAAAUUGAGGGAUAAACAGAGAAAUAUGAAAUAGAUAAGAUUCAAAACUUUUAACCAUUAACAUUACCUGGUUAAUCAUAAAAACGAAAAAAACUAGUAAAUAAGAAAUAUCUUUAUAAAUAAGGAAAUAUAUUUAUUAAAGAUUUGGAUAAGCCCAAAGAAUAUUAUUGUACUCUCAAUGUUUUGAAAUAAAAAUUUAAUGUUUAUUCUUCAGAUAAGAAAUAACAUGAAUCAUAUUAUUUAUAAGGAGCAAAAGUAGAUGAAAGUAAGGAUAAUGAAUUUGUAUUAAAAAUUAACCCAGAGAAAAUGUUGUCCAAAAACUUACAUUUCCAAACUAAGACAGUUGAUGAAGCAAAUUAAUGGGUAGAAUAUUUAUGGAGAGCAAUUUUAAUUGAUAAACCUGAAAUGGUGGAAUUAAAAAUUGAGCCAUCAAAUUAAACUAAAGUAGUUACUUUUUUUUAAAAUAAAUCAAAUGAUAGAGCUGAUUCUCAAAAAGAAGGAUCAGAAAUUUAGUAAGAUAAAGAAGAGGACACUUAACGUUAAUAAUUUACUUGUUAUAAGAUUUCAAUAAGUAAUUGUGUAAGUAUCUCUAUUAUCGAUGAAACUCCAAAGGAAAUAUUAUAAAUCUGCUUUAAAAAUAUAUAAGCUGAAUAUAUUUUGAUAGAAGAAGUUUAGAAAGACUUUCAAUUAAGAUAAAAUUAUGAUGAUGAUGAUAAUACAAACGUAUUAGCAGAAAAACCAUAAAUAAAAUAAAUAAAAGAGCAUAUAAACUUAUCAAUAGAUUUAAUUAUCAUUAAUAAUUAAAUAAUAAAUUCACAAUUCCCUGUUUUGCUAGCCCCUAAUAAAAAGAAAAUAUUUGGAAAUCAAUAACCAUUUUUUGUAUUGACUACUUACAGAAAAGAUUAAUCAUAAAUAAAAAAGUCAAAUGCUAGUAUGAAUAAUGGAAGUAGAGUAGUUGUUAAGAAUGAAUCAAACGCUUAAGCAAACUAAGCUUAAGCUAAUGAUUAACAAUAGAACCAGUCCAAAUUUAAGAUUUCUUAUAUUCACACCCUAUAAAUGUUUACAGAUACCUUAGAAAUUAGGUUGGAUCAUUAAAUUUUAGAUUAAAUAAUAUAGUAUUAUAAUUUAAUAGCAGCCAUUAUAUGGGAUAGUAAUUUUAGUGAUGUAUAAUCUUCAAGCAAUAGCUAAUUUGGAUUAGGAUCUCUAUAAAAAAAAUAAGAAGAAUAGUUAAAGAAAAUAAAAUAACAUAGUAUUAGCAAGAUUUAUCUCAAAAAUUUAAUGCUGGAGCCAAUUGAUAUAUGUUUUACUUUAAAAUCAUCUCCAGGGCACGUCAUGAAUUCAUCAUCUAUAGGAGUCAUAGCAGAUUUGGGAUUAACACUAGCAUCAAUUGACAGUGCAAAAAUAAGAUUAAAUGCAUUUAAGACUUAACAUAUAUUUGGAUCAAGUAAUGAAAUUAUUGGCAGAAUAUCGAAGCAUUACAAAGGAUAAUUUUUAACAUAAAUUUAUAAAUUGUUAGGAUCAUUUGAAAUAUUUGGAAAUCCAGUUUCUCUCAUUUCAAAUUUAGGAACAGGUGUAAUUGAUAUGUUUUAUGAACCAAUAUACGCUCUUGUCACAGGAAAGAGUGGUUACAAGGUAGGAGAAAAAUUCUUUACUGGAGCAGUAACUUUAAUCCACACUUCGAUAACAGGUGUGUAUAAAACAGUUAACACAAUAAUUGGAACAAUAAUGAAGAUUCUUGAUUAAAUGACUUUAGAUAAGAAAUAUAUGUCAGAAAGAAGCAAUAGAUUGAAUAGAGCAAUUAAAAAUUUUAGAGAAGGAUUGAUAAUUGGAUUCACUAAUUUCGGAAAGAUUUUAUUUCAAACAAUAAUUGGAGUUUUAGAAAGACCAAUUACUGGAAUAAAUGAUGGUGGAUUUUUAGGCUUUUUGUUGGGAAUUUACUAAGGAAUAAUGGGAAUUAUAAUCAAACCUACAGUAGGAAUUUAUGAUCUUUUAAUUACAAUAAUUGAAGGAAUAAAAAAUACAGCAAUAUAUGAAGAACAUAUUAUGGACACUCGAUACAGACCACCAAGAAUUUUUGGAGAUAACAAUCAAUUAAUCCCUUUUAAUUUUAAGCAUGCCAUUGGUACAGAUAUUAUAAGGAGAUACAAAUUGAAAGUUAUUGAUGGAGAAAGUAUUAUCUUUUUUGAUUAACUCAAUAUAUCAGAUGGAGACAAGAAAAAAUAAGAAGCUUAAAUAGUUUUGACUGAUUCACGAAUAGUUUAUGUUUUGUCUCAUUCAUCUAUUCAUUGUGAUAAAAUAAUGAUUUACAAAAUUAAAUCAAUAAAAUACUAGGAAAGGUAAAAGGUGCUGAGGUUUAAGCUUCAUACUCCUGUUCGAAAAUCUUGGUUUUAAGCAAAUUCAACUAAAUAUGAAUUAAAAUAUGAAAGUAAGAUCAAAGCCAUCAAGUUGGCUGAAUAGAUCUAAAAAUCUUUUAAAGACAAAUAUAAUAUUCAAUUAACUAAUUUAAAGGAAACUUCAAAUGAAAAAAAAUGA